AUGAAACUGACAAGUUCAAAUCAGAGCGAGGUGGAAGCUGAGUUCGAAGGAGGAUUGAUUAACUUGGACAAGACUCUGUUCUGCAGACCUCUGCAAGUUUGGUAUUACAAAUGGAUGACCAGGUAAAACUAGCAGAUCAAAAGCGAGGCACGUUGAGCAAUCCCAUGCCACUGGAUGAUCCUGUCCAACUUCCUGGCUACAUUUAUGUCCACCACUAGUUCCAUUCAGUUCAUGGUUUGAGUCCUGCCCUCCAGAACAGGAGAAAACUUAAUCCAUCUUCCAUGUGACAACCUUUUAGAUAGUGGAAGAUGGCUGUCAUAUCUCCUCUCAGCCUCUUCUUUUCAAGGCUAAACACACCCAACUCCCUCAACUGUUACUCACAACGCUUGCUUUCUGGACCCUUGAUAAACUUGGUUGCCCUCAUCUGCACACAUCCAGCUUGUCAAUAGCCUUCUUAAAUUGUGGUGCCCAGAACUGGGACACAGGACUCCAGGCGUGGUCUGACCAAGGCAGAAUAGAGCCGGACUAUUAUUAUAUGAGAUCUAAACAGAACCCCAAGCCAGUAAUCUGGCUGUUGCAUUUUGGACCAAUUUAAGUUUUUGUGUUGUUUUCAAUGGCUGCCUCAUGCAUAGUACAUUGCAACAACCCAAUCUGGAAGUUACCAGAGCAUGUAAAUAAUGUCACAAUAGCCUGCAUUUCAGUUCACAUUUUUUUGUUUUGGGAAGUGUGAAUUUGGUAAAUCAUGUCCUCCCUAAAAGAGGGCACAUGUUGCGGUGAGACCUGGAGACCAAUCCCCUGGGUUGUGGGUGAGUAAGAUUGAUUAGCCACAACACCUGAUUGGUGGGUCCCUCGAUGUUGGGUUCAAUUUGGCCAAUGGGGUGCAGUCCAAACGGAUUGAGGGACCUAUUUAUGCCCAUGCACGUGACCCAGAGCUUCCUCUUUCAGUGCAUGCAUUCAGAACACCUGCCCACCUCUCCCUACUUUUAUGGCUUGUGCUUGACCUUGCUAUGCCAUUGUGUGUUGUCUGUCGUUGGGACAGGGGCACGGCAGGAAUUUCCCCCACUUGGCUGAUUGGCUGUUGCCAUUUGGGUUUGGCUUGCUGCGUAGCAAAUCGUCACAACUUGUAAGGUUGCGGAUAGGCUCUGGUUCAGGUGAUAGGGAUGGGGGAACGCUCUUGCCAUCCCUAUGUGAAGGGUAUUCCGUUAAAGGAAUCCAGGAACUCAAAUGGUUUGGUCAACCCCUGAGAGGGGGACAUCUGGGUGGCCGACAUAGUCUGUUCCCGAUUUUUCACCCAUCCAGGUGUUCACCCUUGGCUGACCUAUGCCAAAACCCUGGGUCAGUGCUACCUGCAAGUGCAGGGAGCUAAUCGAACCAGAGCCUAUGCAACCACUCAGUUUCUGUAAUCAAUAAAGUUGUGGCCUAAAUUCUGUCAAAAACCAAACUAAAAUUUGAGUCAAGUGUGAAUUUAUUUAGGGUGGGUCUGAACACACAAUUAACUUUCAAAUACAAACUGAGCUGAACCUCUUCUUCAUUACUAAUGAAAAUAGUACAAAAUGUUGAAAAGCUCUGUGACCUCCUUCAAAAGGAACCCAAACCAGAACCCCAGAACUGAUCACCACUUGAUUCACCACUUGAAGAACUAGGGCAAGCCCAGGAAGAUGUUGAAUGAAACAGGAGAGGCCACCGUUUCUACCUUUCAGAGUUCUGCCAUUUCUGGAUUUGCUAAGCCUCUCUACUCCAUUUUCCCUUAUCCAACCUGCAUUCCCCAAUGACUUUUGAAGGGGGAAAAAGAAGGCACAUCCUACAUUUCAGCAUAAAUUAAUUUGGAGGAAAGAACGGGGGCCUUUUUGCAAAUACGUGGCGAUCUAGUCAAACAUUAACUUUUGACUUACAUCAGACUAUUCAAGUGAAAGGUUCUCAAAUGUCAACCGAUGGAUCUCUGAUAAAAGUUAAUGUUGUUGUACUGCUUGCUGUUUAAUUCAGUUCUCAAAAACCCUGGUGAAUUUCCUUUUGGAGUGCUCUCUGCUAUUCCAGAGUGUGGGUUGUGGUAAGUUGUCUGCAUGUUUAUACAGAGAUUCUAGUUUCUGAGUUGUAUAACGUCGUCUGGGUAUGUGUCUAACAAUGAAACUAUGUUGUUAAAACAACCAGAUCUUACAUAAAGCAUGUAGGUACCAACGCCCAACUAAGUAUAGUCACAAAAGCAGUCAGUUUGAAAUGAGCUGUAACUAAUAUACAUAGAUAUUUUCCAGUUGUUUCAAGAAAGCAUUAGCCACAGCUCAACUAAGUAGGAGUGCUUUCAGACUGUUGCUCUUUUUGGGUAGGAUUCAGUCACAUAGCUGCAAAUUCAGGAUGUGCCAUUGACGCUGAUUUUGUGCUCUUGCACAGCAAACCCAGUUUCCAAAGACACCGCAAAACUGGAUUUUUAAAAAAUUCAAUAAAGGAAUGUGAUGGGAAAAUGCACUGAGGGGUGUUGAAUAACAGUUGCUUGGCAUAACAUCAGACAAUAUAAGCAAGUCAGGAUGAGUGCUCAGUAAACAACCCCGUCUGCAAUCCAAUCACUAUUGAUACUUAAUAGACAAUGUAGAACCAUCCUAUAUUUCAGCUAGAUUAUAUUUAUUUAGAGACUCUUGUUACAUGUUACAUUCCCAUGUUGUUUUCGAAGAAUGGUGCUUAGGAAGUAGCUAGAAACUGCCUGUUUGUACAAUGUCAGGAUGGUCCAGUCAGUGGUGCUCUUAAGAAGUGGUUUAUACAUAAGAAUGUAAAAUGUUGUCAGGGGGUGGAUCUACACACUGGGGGGGGAGGGGCGUGUUAUAAAUAAGUCAGAAAUUAAAUCCGCUAUGGGAAAUCGCUUAUAAUUUUAUUUGCUCUCUGGCGCCAUCUGGUGUUGCAUGUUUAUAACACAUUCAAAAGGCUGAUUCCAGGUUCUGCAGUUUGCAUGGCUGCCAAUAGGAGGCCCCACCAACUGCAGCAUGAGGAAGAGCGGUGCAGCCCAGCAAGCUGUUUAACAGAGCAAGUGGGGGGGGGCUUGAAGCACCUGCCCCACUCCAUUAAACGUGUCCACAGCAAGCUUUAGCAACCCACUGGGUGAAGUGCCUUCACGCACACACACACAAAUACUACCAGCUUUUGAAUUUCACUGCUUGCCCUUUUCACAUUUUGUGUGAACAAUAAUAUCAUUUGUAGGUAUAGCUGGAUCUGCAAUCCUAUAUUCACUUACCUGGGAGUAAGUCCUAUUUAAGGACGCGGGUGGUGCUGUGGGUUAAACCACAGAGCCUAGGACUUGCCAAUCAGAAGGUUGACAGUUCGAAUCCCCGUGACAGGGUGAGCUCCCGUUGCUUGGUCCCUGCUCCUGCCAACCUAGCAGUUCAAAAGCACAUCAAAGUGCAAGUAGAUAAAUAGGUACCGCUCUGGUGGGAAGGUAAACGGCGUUUCCGUGCAUUGCUCUAGUUCACCAGAAGCGGCUUUGUCAUGCUGGCCACAUGACCCAGAAGCUGUACGCCGGCUGCCUUGUCCAAUAAAGCGAGAUGAGCACCGCAACCCCAGAGUUGGCCACGACUGGACCUAAUGGUCAGGGGUCCCUUUACCUUUCAGUCCUAUUUAAUUCAAUGUGGAUUACUUCUCGGUAGACAUGCCUUCUCUGAAGAUGUUUUAUUACCAAGAUGGCAAGGUCUAACUUCUCAAAUCAAGCCUUCCCCUGGACUCUCUCUCUCUCUUUUAAAAAAAACUUGUAUUUGUACAUGCUCUUUUCUUAUAAUUUCUAACUAAACAACAAUAAACUAAAGUAAAAAAUCCAAUAAACUAAAUUCCAAUAAAUUAAAUUAUAUGAAAACAGACUUCUGGUCAUUUCCCGAUGUAAGUUACAUUUACGACAUUGAAUGUACUUAUACUUCUUACCUUACUCUUACUAUCGUUUCUAGUACUUUCUUAUAGCAUAUCGUACCGUUUUUCCUUGCUUGGUAGUAUUUAAUUUCCCUGGAUUCUCAAUGGAUCCAUGCCUGCCCCUUCCCCAGAAUUCUGCUCACAAGUAAAUGAAAAUUUGAGGAAAGUGGAUGAAAUUAUUAUAUCUCCUGAGCCUCUCAGUAGAAGCAACACAAACAUGUGAUUUGAUGGUGAGGGAGGGUGGGGUGGGGAGAGAGAAAAUUGAUUUUCAAAAGCCUCCAGCAAACAGUGAUGAAAUCACUUUAGUUUUCUUUAAUUUGAAAACCAGGCAAGGAUAUUAUACAGGCACUGCUUUCCUGUCCUUAAACUCCCUCUCUGAAAAAUAUAUAAUUUAAUGUAACAAGGGUUUCUGUCAGGGAACUGCCAUCAGUGCCGGAGGGAGAAAGCAAGCUCCAGAGGGAUCCCAGAGAGCGUCCCGGGAUUGGGAGAGGCAGCCCAUCUUCUGGGGAAGGGAAUCAGCUUAGCUCCAGUAGAGAAGGGGGGCAGAUGGGGGAAUCAGAGAGGCGGUCACAUGACUCCUUGCCGUGGACCAGCGGGGAGAGGAAGGGUCCUCCGCUGCCUACGCCCUCCUUGUGCAGAAGGCUUCCGCGCAGGGAGAGUAGGAGGAGACUGGGCGUCAAAGAACUUCUUUGCUGGAAGAAGUUUAAGAAACGCCCACUGACGGAUUCUGCCAGCGAUUGAGACAGCCACGGGUGAGUGGCUGUCCGGACAGGAAAGGUUCACUCAGGCAACCCAGCCAGGUGUUGCCACAGGCUUACGCACGAGCAACCCCUAGAACCACUACAGUUUCCCUUCAGUUAUGCUUAUUCAUCAGGGACAUCAGCAUUAAAAUAGGACUUUUCAGUGGGGCAUGUGGAAUUCCUCCUCAUAUUUAUUUAUUAAAUAUAUAUGCAACUUUCCUCCUGUUGCAGAACCUAUGGCAGCUUGUUGUUUAGUCGUUUAGUCGUGUCCAACUCUUCGUGACCCCAUGGACCAGAGCACGCCAGGCACUCCUGUCUUCCACUGUCUCCCGCAGUUUGGUCAGACUCAUGCUGGUAGCUUUGAGAACACUGUCCAACCAUCUCGUCCUCUGUCGUCCCCUUCUCCUUGUGCCCUCAAUCUUUCCCAACAUCAGGGGCUUUUCCAGGGAGUCCUCUCUUCUCAUGAGGUGCCCAAAUUAUUGGAGCCUCAGCUUCAGGAUCUGUCCUUCCAGUGAGCACUCAAGGCUGAUUUCCUUAAGAAUGGAUGCAUUUGAUCUUCUUGCAGUCCAUGGGACUCUCAAGAGUCUCCUGCACCAUAAUUCAAAAGCAUCAAUUCUUCGGCGAUCAGCCUUCUUGAUGGUCCAGCUCUCAUUUCCAUACAUCAUCACAGGGAAAACCAUAGCUUUAACUAUAUGGACCUUUGUUGGCAAGGUGAUGUCUCUGCUUACAGCAUCAAUUAAAACAGAUGAAGCUUCAAAGUAUAAAUAUUAAAACCAAUUAAAUAGGUAAACUUUGUUUUUAAAAGCACUGAAAACACUGAAAACCAUUCAAAUUCUCACACACACUCAAAAGAACAUCACCCACCUCAGAAGACCCCGCCAGUUUGUGGUCAAAGGCCUGUUGGAACAAAGAAAUCUUUGGCUGGCAGCAAAAGGAAAGCCCAGAGGGGGCCAGCCUAGUCUCAUGGAAGAGAGUUCCACAAUCUGGGAGCAACCACCGAGAAGGCCCUCUUACCUUCUCGCCCAAUGUGCCUACAAAAGUGGCAGAACCAAGAGAAAGGCCUACAGAAAGCGUUCCUUUUUUAAGGGACCAAAUGUGUACUAAAUGUGUCCUUUAGAGAAAAGUGUGCCCAAAUAUACAUAUAAAUGCGGAACUGUUGAGGGAGUCGGGUAUGUUGACCUGGAGAAGAGGAGACUUAAAUUAUAAUAAUAAUAAUAAUUUUUUAUUUAUACCACACCCUUCCCGGUUCAGAAAACCGGGCUCAGGGUGGCUAACAACAAAUUUAAAGCACUUAAUUGAUGCAACCAAAAACAGUAUAAAAUACAGUAUAAAACAUGAAUAACAAUAAAUUCAGAAUUCAAAAAUCAAUUUAGGGGGGAAAUCCAUCCAAUAAACAUUAGAUGAUCACCAGGGCUAGCUGGCUAAAUUAGUCCUAUUUGGGCCAGCGAGGAGACCAGGGGAGAAUUAGCUGUGGGAUCCCAGAUGUUAUGUACUGAAGUUCUCACCCUGGGCCAGCAGGGGGAUACUGUAGAUAGUUUUCACUCAAGUCCACAUAUGCAAAUAAGGAAUUGAAAGUGACGUUCAGUGAUUGGAUAGUUACAGGAAGUUGUUACUGUUGCCUUGUAGCGGAGCUCUAUAUAAGCAGGCUGGCUGAACCCUUCAGUUCAGUUCUGUUCUGGCCUGUGAAUAAACAAGAGCUGUUUGAAGAAUCGCUGUGUCGUCUGAUAUGUUCACCCACAACUUAACACCAGAGUGGGUAAUCUUCAUAAAAAGGGAAGGGGGAGGGAAGGAAGGGGAAUAAAAGAUCAGGCUAAGUUCAAAUUGAAAGAGGUGAAAGGCCAUCUUCAAAUAUCUGAGGGGCUGUCACAAAGAAAAUGGAGCAAGCUGGUUUUCUGCUGCUCCAGAGGGUAGGCCCUCAACCAAUGGACCCAAAUUACAAGAAAGGAGGUUCCGGCUAAACAUCAGGAAGAACUUUACGGUGGUAAGAGCUGUUCAACCCUGGAGUGAGCUGCUUCGAAAGGUGGUGGGAUCUCCUUCAUUUAAUUUUUAAAAAAACAAACAGAGAUUGGAUGGCCAUCUGUCAGGGGUCCUUUAGCUGUGAUUCCUUCACUGCAGGGGCUCUGACUAGAUUAGGGUCACUUCCAACUUUACAAUUCUCAGAUUCCAGGAUUCUUUGAGGCUGGAACCCGUCCCAGCAGCAAAUUGGCAAUGGGAACAUGACGCACAGUUCAGCUCCCAUUUUCAACACUGAAAGAGCUAUAUAGAGCAGGCUUCGUCAACCUCAGCCCUCCAGAUGUUUUUGGCCUACAACUCCCAUGAUCCCUAGCUAGCAGGACCAGUGGUCAGGGAUGCUGGGAAUUGUAGUCUCAAAACAUCUGAAGGGCCGAGGUUGAGGAAGCCUGAUACAGAGUAACUCUGAAUUCCCACCCCUAAGACACAUUCUGGCUAUGGAGUGAAGUUGCAUUUCCAUUGGAGUUCCACUUUGCAGUUUUGUCACUGGAAUUUAUUCGAUUCAUACAUAUAUUUCUGUCAUUGGUGUUUUGUUUUUGUUCUUGAGCAGAAUCUUGAAUUAUCAUGUUUAAUUCUUUUUUCUUUUUCUUUUGGUUUUCCAUAAAGGUAAGAAUUGUUUUCAUGGCAGGGGCAAGGAAGCUUCUCUCCAGAAUUCCAGUUUUAAAGUCUUUUAGUGCUUUCAAAUUGCCUUGUAGAAUCAUGAGUCAACCUUGCAGUGGAUCUCCAUUUCUGGAUUUCUCAGACACUGAAGCCCUCUACAAAAAUGUGCCAGAGCAUUUUAAUUUUGCACAUGAUGUCCUGGAUCAAUGGAGCCAAAAGGAAAAGGUAAGGGACUGUAUCUGUCAUGAUUUCCUAGUAUUAUCAGUCAGUCAUGCUGAUCUUUAUUGUUUAUAGCAAACGGUCAUUGAAUAUAUAUCUCAAAACAAACUAUAUAUCAACAAAACAUAAAUUAGCAUUAAUUUUCAGCAAAUCAUCAAAACCUAAAGUUACUAAGUUCCCCAUUUCAUUUACAUUAAGAAGUGAAGUCCCUUUGGUAGACAAAACUGUUUUGAGUCAAUAAAAAAGAGUAGCAUGAAAACUUCCUCACUGCUAGCUAGAGUUGAGAAAAGUUGUCCUGUUUGGCUUUUCUCGGUUUCUCAUUUUUCCCGUCUUAAAUUCAGUUCUCAACAUUUCCCCCUCAGCUUACAAAUCCAUUCUGCCUCCUGCCUAAAAAUGUCUGCAUGGAAUUCAUCAGCAUUUUAGUGUGAAAGUUCUUGUCUAACCCUUACAUCCUCUGGUUUUUUCGUUUUCCCUUAUUUAACAUGCCAAGUGAUGUUCAAAAUUCUGAAUGUUUUUGUAUGUUUUCUUUUCCUUUGUAUAAAUGGCAUUAAGAUUGUUACUUGAGGUCUGCUUAAUUCAUUUCUGUUGUCUCGAGGACUUGAAUUUACAGAGUAUCAGAUACGUUGCAAAUUUUGUCUGUAGAUAGUCUAGCUGUUUAUGGGGAUGCUACAUCUAUAGUUUGAUUAAUUUUAUGCCUACUUGCUCAAAAACAAGUAGGCAUAAAAUUAAUCAAACCAUAGAUAAAAUAUGAAACAGGAUGUAAGGGAUAGUUUGAUUUUAUUGGUGUCUUCUUUGGAAUAUUUUAUAGGGUUUUCUGUAAACCGCUGAGAAACCUGUUGCUGAUUAUUUGGUAUAUAAAUCUUGUUAGAGAGAUAGCUAAGUAAAAUAGUUUCCAUUUUUUCCCCAUCCUUUGUGCCUGAUAGGCUAGAAAGAGACCUUCCAAUCCCGCUCUUUGGUGGGUAAGUGGGAAAGGCGAGGAGGUGCGGUGGAGCUUUGAGGAGCUGGCAUUCUUAUCCAGGAAAGCAGCCAACGUCCUCUCCAAAGCCUGCAAUCUGCAGAAAGGAGAUCGAAUCGUCAUCAUCCUCCCCAGGGUGCCUGAGUGGUGGCUGAUCAGUGUGGGCUGCAUCAGAGCAGGUCAGUCAGGUCCUCUCUGUGCUAGGAACCGACAGAAAGAUCCAUUUUUGCUGUGUCUUCCUCUCCUCUCUUUUUAAUCACGCUUUGUUUUGCUCCUAGGUGUCACCUUCAUCCCAGCCACGACCCUGUUGACUGCUAAGGACAUCUUGUACCGGCUCCAAAAGUCUCGGGCCAAAUGUAUAGUUACAAACGAUGCCUUGGCUCCAUUGAUCGACUCUCUUGCAUCUGAUUGCCAGUUCCUGAAAACUCGGAUGUUGGUCUCCAAAGGCACCAGCAGAGAAGGAUGGCUGAACUUCCAUGACCUGCUGAAGUGAGAAUCUCUGCUGCCUUGUUAAGCAAGUCAGGGAUAAGUCAAAGAGUGAGAUAGAAAAACCUGGGGUCUGCAGUAUUCAUCACCUACAUCAGGAAGAUAGCCAAUUACUUGCGAACAUUUGUAUAGCAGACAAAAGUGCAUACAGAAAUAUGUAUUUUGGGAGGAAUGUCAACUAAAAUGUUGCAGAAUUUUCACGGGAUUGUGUGUUUUUUUUAAGUACAGUGGAACCUCGGGUUACAUACCGUCUUCCUUAUGAACGCUUCGGGUAACGAGCUCCGCUAACCUGGAAGUAGAUGCUUCUGGUUGCGAACUUUGCCCCAGGAUGUGAGUGGAGGUCACGUGGCGGCAGCGGGAGGCCCCAUUAGCGAAAGUGCACCUCAUGUUAAGAACGGUUUCAUGUUAAGAAUGGACCUCCGGCACGAAUUAAGUUUGUAACCGGAGGUUACCUCGGGAUGCGAACGGGAUCUGUUCCGGAGCCCCGUUCGCAUCCCGAAUGGAAUGCAAGAUGCAACGGCACGUCUGCACAUGCGCGGGUCACGUUUCGCCACUACCGCGCAUGUGCGUGACGUCAUUUUGAGCGUCUGUGCAUGCGUGAGCAGCGAAACCCGGAAGUAACGCGCUCCGUUACUUCCGGGUUGCCGCGGAGCGCAACUCGAACACGUUCAACCUGAAGUGCAUUCAGCUCGAGGUAUGACUGUAUAUGAAUCACAAGCUGAUUCAAAAAUGUGAGGAACUUGAGUUAAUUUGAAUGGAGUAUUUUGGAUGAGGUCUUCCCACUGCAACAUUUUAUUGCAGUUCCCACUUAUUCGUUUUCUACUGGAAUCCUAAUUUCCCAGAACACCUUAAAUUUACAAGAUCACAGACCAUUGAUUUUGAUUGCAUCUACUCCAUUCUUACUACUUGCCUACUUUUCUGUUUUUUAAAGUGCUGCAGACGGUGAUCAUCAGCCUGUCAAAACAAGGAGUCAAGAUCCAAUGACCAUCUACUUUACCAGUGGAACCACGGGUUAUCCCAAAAUGGUGGAACAUUCCUGCAGCAGUCUGGGGAUUGGGCUGACAGUUGUUGGAAGGUAUCUAUCCCUUUCUAAAUCUUCAGGGGCAACAAACACAACAGAAAGUCCUGUGGCAGUUUAAAGAAUGACUAUUUAAUUGUGGCAAGAACUUUGAUAGGCAUGAUGGCGUGGCUGUAAUCUUUGUUUUAAGCUUAAAUCACAAUAAAACUGCAAUUCUUAGUCAUCUAAAGGAGAGCCCCCAAGCACAACAUUUUAAAGUAAGUGCGCAUUACCACAGCUUUGAACCAUUUCCACCUCUCCACCUCCCCCAUUCUUGCACCUGCUGUCCUUUAAGUCUUAAAAUCAAAAGAUCUGAUCUUUUCACCCUGUCUAGUUUGUUCCUCAAACAUACCUAAGUCUAAUAAAUGUAACUGAGCAGUCGUCGUGUUUGCCUCCUUAUUACAGGUACUGGAUGGACCUGAAUCCUUCCGAUGUGAUCUGGGGUUUCUCCGACACAGGCUGGAUCAAAUUCGUCUUCAGCAAUUUGUACCCUUCGUGGAUCCAAGGGGCGUGUAUCUUUCAGCACGGCAUGCUCCAGUUCGAGCCAACGACUGUUCUCAAUGUAAGGCUAACAUUGCCUUAAGGCAGGAAGCAUUGGGACAGAAGACCAAGGUGUCUGGGGGAGUUGCUCUGCCAACAGAGAUCCUGAGUUUUCUCCUUGAGCUCCAGACCCAGAAGAGUGGUUGAGAAUUUGCUUUGGAUUUGGAUUUGAUAUCCCGCUUUAUCACUACCCAAAGGAGUCUCAAAGCGGCUAACAUUCUCCUUUCCCUCCCUCCCUCACAACAAACACUCUGUGAGGUGAGUGAGGCUGAGAGACUUCAGAGAAGUGUGACUAUCCCAAGGUCACCCAGCAGCUGCAUGUGGAGGAGCGGGGAGGCAAACCCGGUUCCCCAGAUUACGAGUCCACCGCUCUUAACCACUACACCAUGCUGGCUCUAGACAGCAUUCAGAAGGUUCUAGGUUCAAUGACAUCUCUAGGUAGGGCUGUGAAAGAUUCCCUGUCUGGGACCCUGUGGAGUUGCUUUCAAUCAGCGUAGACAAAGCUAAGCUAGAUGGACCAAUCUGAUUCAGUAUAAGGCAGGUUCCUAUACAUACACCAUAAUAGCCUUGCCUGCCUUGCAAGAGCUAUCUGGGGUCUCCAACAGAGGUCUUUCCCCAAUACCUCCCAUCUCAUCCUAGGGGUGGAGAACAUUUGUCAGCAUCAAGGCCCACGUAACCUUCUGGGCAGUAUCCCAAGGUCCACUUGCCAGUGGUGGGUGGGGCCAAAGGGGAAAGUGGGCAGAGUAAUAAAUGUAAAUUGAACCUUUCUACAAUGAGGCCUUUUCUACUCACUCAUUUGCUUCUCUUCCUCCACUCUGGAAGUUCGAGAGCCAAUGUGGUGUAGUGGUUAAGAGCGGUAGACUCGUAAUCUGGUGAACCGGGUUCGUGUCUCCGCUCCUCCACAUGCAGCUGCUGGGUGACCUUGGGCCAGUCACACUUCUCUGAAGUCUCUCAGCCCCACUCACCUCACAGAGUGUUUGUUGUGGGGGAGGAAGGGAAAGGAGAAUGUUAGCCACUUUGAGACUCCUUCGGGAAGUGAUAAAGCGGGAUAUAAAAUCCAAACUCUUCUUCUUCUUCUUCUUUGAGAUUAAGGGAACAUCCCCACCAAGCAAAACAUCCAAGAAGGGUCCAUAGCAGGGCCAGGGAGGGCUGUGGCCUGGAAAGAGUUGGAGAAGUAGCUGGGGAGCAUUCCAAGGGCCGGAUAGAAAGGUCUGAAGGGCCACAUUCUGCCCCAGUCUAAGGUUCCCCAGAGAGGCUAAGAAUUUAACUGGGAAUCUUCUGCAUUAAAAGCUCUUCCCGCUGAGCAGUGUUCCCUCUCCAGACCACAAUUCACUCUUUUUGAGGGAGGCAGGAAAUCUGUUUCCUCCAUUUCUUGGUAGAAGUAAAAACAACAUAUCAGCCUUGCAGGAAAAUGUUUCCGACAAAAAGUUAAAAAUCAGAAAUCAACCCUUGUGAGACUUCUGGAAUCACAUGGUGCAAUAGGAAUGUGUUUGUGUUUUCCCCUCUAGACCCUCACCAAGUAUCCAGUGACAACUUUCUGUGGCCCCCCAACUGUUUAUCGUAUGCUUCUGCAGCACAACGUUGGAAGGUACAGCAAACACUGCAUGGUAGCAUCUGUGCAUUUUAAAACUCAACACUAACUUCCUGCUUUUUAAAAAAGUGCACUUCUGAGUCCCUCUGCCUGGGUUUACAGAAUCAUAGAUUCAAAGAACUGCAGAGUUGGAAAGGACACCGAGGGUCAUCUAGUCCAAACCCCUGCCUGUUUUUUCUUGCUUUUGUUUUAGCUUGUUUACUAUUAAAUCCAUCUCAUUAUUUAUAUUUCUUGCUUCCUUUGGAAAUAUGUCAUAGAAUCUUAGAAUUGUAGUCGAGGGAUGUCCCAAGGCUCACCUAGUCCAAUCCUCUGCAAUUUAAUUUUCCAUUGCUUUAUUUCUUGCAUUUACAAUAGUUCCAUUUUCUACUUCUUGCUUGCACUUGAUAACAUUUAUUUUUUUUAAUUUCUGAACUCAGUCCUACCCUAACCUGAGCAUUGGCCAAGCUGUCCGGGACUGAUGGGCAUUCGAGUCCAACAUUACACCAGCACUAGGUGUGCUAACUGGGAUGCUAUUGUACGCCUUGCUACAGAGGCAAUAAUCACUGAUGACUCCAAGCUUCUUCAUACCCUCAUGCAGAUACAAGUUCAAGAGCCUGAGACGGUGUCUGAGCGGUGGAGAAGGCAACAGCCCUGAAGUGAUGGAGCAGUGGAAAGCGCAGACAGGAGUGGGAAUCCGUGAAGGCUAUGGGCAGACGGAGACGGUAUGUUGGCAUUUGACCAUGUAUCUAUAGACAACAACGUUAAACCUAUGGUUACGUGAAACAUACUCAAUAAACACACAAGAUGUAACCGGCUGUAAAGGUAAAGGGACCCCUGACCAUUAGGUCCAGUCGUGACCGACUCUGGGGUUGGGGCACUCAUCUCACUUUAUUAGCAUGACUCAGCCGCUUCUGGCGAACCAGAACAGCGCACGGAAACGCCAUUUACCUUCCCUCCGGAGUGGUACCUAUUUAUCUACUUGCACUUUGAUGUGUUUUCGAACUGCUAGGUUGGCAGGAGCAGGGACCGAGCAACAGGAGCUCACCCCGUCACGGGGAUUCAAACUGUCAACCUUCUGAUCGGCAAGUCCUAGGCUCUGUGGUUUAACCCACAGCGCCACCCGCAUCCCUGUAACCGGCUGUACUUUUGAAUAAAUAAGGUAUGCUAUUCAUUGUAUCAAAUUGUAGAUUUCAACGGAAGUUCAACGGAAAAAGCAGAAGACCCAGUGGAUCAGUUCAUUCUCUAGUCAGUUCAUGCAAGGUUUUCCGGAAUAUUAGCCUUGUUUCGCAACCACUACUAUGCUAUAAGAUCCACUAUCCUGUAAUAUUACAUAUGAGCCUGUUCUACUGAUGAAGCCUAGGAUGGCGAAACAAGGCUUAUAUUCCAGAAAUCCUUGUCUUAGACUCUGUGAAAGGAUUCUGUGGAACUGUAACAACCCUUCAUGUGGAUAUUGGACUCUUUGAACAGACAGGUAGAAUAGAUAAUUUUACAUGUAUGGACCUUAUGCAUGAACUGACUAGAGAAUGACUAGAGAAUGAACUGAUCCACUGGGUCUUCUGCUUUUUUUGUUGAACUUUAUGAGACUUCCGUUGAAAUCUACAAUUUGAUACAAUGAAUAGUAUACCUUAUUUAUCAUGUAUCUAUAGAAUCACAGAAUCACAGAAUUGUAGAGUUGGAAGGGAGCCCAAUGGUCAUCUAGUCCCCCCGCUGCAAUGCAGGAAACUUGCCUACUGCUGUCCCCGUGUGGGCUUGAACCGCCAACCUUCUGGUUAACAGCCAAGCACAGCUGGCCCAUUGUGCCAGCAGAAGCUUAUCAAAUCCAAAUGCAUGCUUUCCCCAAAACGCCCCACCUGGGAGAAUGCACCUCCAUCCAUAUUGGACAGAAUGGAAUGGAAUGCCCUGGAAAAGGGCAUGGCUGGCUGGUUGGAACCCUGUAUAGGAAAAGUAUACCUGAAGGAACGUCUCUACCCCCAUUGUUCAGCCCAGACACUGAGGUCCACCUCUGAGGGCCUUCUGACAGUUCCCUCACUGUAAGUGGUAAAGUUACAGGGAACCAGGCAGAGGGGUUUCUUGAAAGUGGCACCGGCCCUCUGCAAUGCCCUCCCAUCAGAUUUCAAGGAGAUAAAUGACUACACAACUUUUAGAAGACGUCUGAAGGCAGCCCUGUAUGAGGAAGUUUUUUUUAAUGUUUGACAUUUUAUUAUGUUUUAAUAUGUACUGGGAACUGCCCAGAGUGGCUGGGGAAACCCAGCCAGAUGGGUGGGGUAUAAAUAAUAAAAUUGUUGUUGUUGUUCCAUGCCGCAACUUCUCCUGCAGACUCCAGCUUGUACAGUCCCUCACUCAGGUAUGGCCCUUCCCCAGAUCUGUAAACGGAAGAUAGAUAAAGUCAACUGAAAAUUCUCUAAUCUGUUAAAAGCCAUAGUUUCAAAGAGUGAGAGAGAGAAACCUAACUGAACAUUUGCCGUUUCUAUACACAGACUAUGUUGUGUUCGACUAGGAGAGAUAUGAAAGUCAAGCCUGGCUUUGCUGGAACGCCAGCUCCUCCCUUUGAUGUCCAGGUAGGAAUAUUUAUAAUGCAGGGAAGCCAUAACAGUCACCAUAAUAACCUAUGUUGCCUGAGUAAACACCGUGAUGUGCCCAUAUUGCUCAAGUAAAGAGACAAAAAAGAAAAGCUCACAUAACCGACGCUUGGGGUUCCAUCUUUCUAGAUAAUAGAUGAACAUUGCAAUCGCCUACCUCCAGGGGAAGAAGGAGACAUUGCUGUUAAAAUCAAGCCCAAAAGGCCCUUGGGUCUCUUCACCUGUUAUGUGGUAAGAAACGAACCCUCUCAAAUGAUGGGGCAGCCUCCAAGGAAUAUAACAGAGUUGGGGGACCUUCCAGAUGUUCCUGACUGGACCUCCCAUCAUCCCUCUCCAUUGACCAUGAUUGCAAGGACUGUUGGGUAUUGUAGUAGAGCAACAUUUAGAGGACCACCCCUAGAAUCAAAAGAUAUUGUGUGCUUUUUUCAGCAGAUGUUAAUAAGGCUGGGUGGGGGACUUACAAACCCGUAAAAUGCAAAGCAAGCUGGCAAUCAGUUUAAAUCAUUUGAGGAGAACCUUUGGCCCACCAGAUGUUACAGAACUACAACUCCCAUCUACCCCAGAAAGCACAGCGAGCAAGCCGGGGAUGAUGGGGGUUGUAGUUCAGGGCCAAAGGUUCCCUACAUCUGGUUUAAACCAAAUAAGUAAGGGAAAAUAUGAUGGAGGAAAAAUUGCUAGGAGAGUUCAUACAUCAAAAAUUGUGGGGGGGGGGGUUUACCCCACCUUACUGAAAAAACAGGUCAGGAACCAUAGCUGUGGAUCAUCCCAUUUAACAACGGAAUGCCUGGGUAAGCAGAAAUGUCUUAGCCUGGUGACUAAAAGCUGGCAAUGAUGGUGCCAGGCAUGUUUCCCUGGGGAGAGCAUUCCAGAAACAAGGGGCCACCACUGAAAAAGCCCAUUCUUGUAUUGCCAUUGUCCGCACCUUCCUUGGAGUAGGCACUCAGGGAAGGGCCCCUGCUAAUGACAGCAGAAUCCAUGUAGUUUGAGAAAGAAAGGUAUUAUCCAUCAUGGCUGUAUGCAAUCUCCAGGACCAGAAGUGCCAUGAGUUGUAUUCCAUGCUAGUUCUUUGCAGUUAACCAAAUGUGAAAGCCAACUUUUACCCAGGAAAGCACUCAAUUUGAGAUCUUAGAAUGUUCUGCCUGUGUUGCUAGAUCUGCCCUUCCCAGCUGCAGGAUACCAACUGAUGUUGCAAGAAUCAAGAGAUGAAUGUGCCUUUGUAGCUUCGUUGAUCUCCACUGCAUUGUUCUUAGGAUGACCCUGAGAAAACAGCCGCAACAGAGCGUGGGGACUUCUACAUCACCGGGGACAGAGGGUUCAUGGACAAAGAGGGAUAUGUCCAGUUUGUGGCAAGAGCUGAUGACGUUAUCUUGUCUUCUGGGUAUGCUUAUUUUGUAAAACACUUGGCACAGCUGGUUUUUUUUUACCGUGCCACAAUGCAAAAGUUGCACACCAUUAAAAGACUAGAAAUCAAGCCAGCCCUGUCCCUGGUAAAGUAACAUCCAUUCCAUACAUUUAAAGCUCAUUUAUUUCCCCAAAGAAUCCUGGGAACUACAGCUUGUUAAAGGUGCUGGGAACUGUAGCUCUGUGAAAAUUAAACUACAGUUGUCAGGGUUCUAUGGGGGAAGCUGUGGAGGGUAUUCAACUAAGUUUUACUCAGAGUAAGCCCACCGAAAUUAACAAACAUGACUAAGUUAGGCCCAUUCAUGUCCAUAUGUAUGCUCUAAGUAAAAUUUAGCUGAAUGAUACCCUAUGCGCUUUAAAUUCAAAGUAACGCUAAGGAGAUGCUUCUAUAACCAGAAGUGUUUCUGUUUGUCUCACAAAGCAAUCUCCCCUCUUGUCUCCAUGCACUGUUCUGGGGUUUCACCUGACAGGUCCCGGUCCCCCCCAGCACACUUGAGGGUCUAGGGAGUGGAGACAGGGGGGAAGCCCUAUUCCACUAGCAGAAACCUUUGUGCUGGCUUACACUCAUGGGACCGUGCAGAUGAAUCCUUGCCCCUGGGGUGACGGGAGUUAUAGCUGAGCAAUAUCUCGAGGGUCAAAGUCCUCCCCACACCUGAAUCAGGGUGAGAUCCAAUCUUAGCCCUAUUCAGAGUAGACCCAUUGAAAUUAACAGACCUAUGUUAGCACUCACAAAGCUCUGCUUCAGGCUGAUAGCUUGCCAAGCUCUAACUUCUCCUUCAAAUUUGAGAUAUCGCAUUGGGCCAUCAGAAGUAGAAAAUGCCUUGAUGGAGCAUCCGGCAGUGGCAGAAGCAGCCGUCGUCAGCAGCCCAGAUCCUGUCCGAGGAGAGGUAUGGUUCUCCCUCCUCCUCCUCCUCCUCCUUCUUCAAUAUGUCUGUAUUGAAAGAUUUUCACUACGUAACAAAAAUACAUCCAGUGUCUUUAUUUUCAAAUCGUCAAGCCCUUCAUAUAGGUCAGUUACAAUCAGUUUGAGACCUUUUUGUUAUAGGCAAUGUGGGGUUGUAGGCGACAUGCAGCUCCACCUGUAGUAUAAGCAUGGAAAUUGGAAGUUAAGGCUUCUAUGUUCCUGCUCAGUCUGUGGUCCAGGAGCUAAGUGUGGAUGGGGAGCUUCUAGGUCUCUGCACUUCCUUCUGAGGGUUGUUCAACUUGGGACUGGUCAGCCCUUCAAAUACCUGCAGGGCCAAUGGUACCCCACACCUGAAAAAGAUGGCACCUUCACAAUAGAGGGCUAUCCCAGGACAUCCUAGGAGGAAUGAGUCUCAUCUUGCUUCCUCCCUGUUUCGUUUUCUAUGUACAGCAGGGGGCGACUGUGUGUGCAAGAGAGCAUUCAGUGAUGUCUGAGCCCCCACCAGCAGCCUCAGGUGGGACAGCCCAGACCUACAUUCCCCAUCUCUGCAAGAGCUAGGUUUUUGUCAGAGAGGGAGGUGGGUACAAUUGAUAGUAUCAUAAGAAGUUUCCUUAUUCUGAGCCGGGCCAUUGAUUCAUCUACCCCAGUAUUGUCCUCACAGACUGGCAGUGGCUCUCCAAGUUUGCAGGCUGGGUUCUAUCACAGCCCGACCUGGAGAAGCUGGGACCUUCUGCAGGCAAAGCUCUAACCACUGAGAUGCAGCCCUUUCCCUCAUUUCUUCCCCUUUUACACACACAAGCACGGCUAUCAAUUAACCUUGCCUCCACUCGCCUUCAUUGUAGGUUGUGAAAGCUUUCGUCGUCCUGUCACCAGUUUAUCAGUCACAUGACAAAGAACAAUUAAUUCUUGAACUGCAAACACAUGCCAAGAAAGUGACAGCUCCUUAUAAGUACCCCCGAAAGGCAAGUACAGUGUUCAGAAUUACUCGGCGUCAAUCUCUGGAUCUUGGGUGGAGGGAGAGACAAUGUUCUUAAGAACGAAUUAGGAAUGAUCCUAGCCUAGCAAUGCUUCCAGACUCUGGUUUCAGACAAGAGGCACAGUUCAAAGCAAACUUACCUCAUUUGUGCUGUCCUUUGAAAUUUGUGCUGCUCUGAAUUUUACGAUGCAGUUGUCCAAUGGAGUUGUGCAUUCAAAAUGCAUAUACUGGAGUAAAUUUGCAUAGAAGCGCAAAAAUGCAUUAUAUUAAGGGGAGCUGAUCUGCAAAAAAAAAAAAAGUUUAUAUUUGAAGAAAUUUGCACACAAAUGGUCGUGAAUUUUCAUGUGCACGUUUAGAAAUGUUAAUUCGCAAACUGAUGUUGAAAUGUGAAGAGCUGAAUUUAAGAUUGGAAAAACGAAAAACAGAGAUAAAUCAAAAUUGACAUAUUCAUCUGUCCUCUGGUUGCUGGGGAUUGAACCUGAGACCUUUUGCAUGGAGAAAAAAAAGACGUGUUCUGCCACUAAGCUACAAUCCCUCUCCAGUGGCUCCUAUUUAAAUGUGUAUUAUCUCUCUGAAUAUAUAUUACUGUUAUAAUCCACCCUUCACCAGUAUGUCUCAAGCUGCGUUACAACCAUUUAAAAUCCAAAAUUAAAAACUUUAAACCUAGUUUUAAACUCCAAGUUUGAUACAUUUCAACUGCCAGAGACCACUACAGCAUUAGGAGAAGUGUGAAGUCAGUACAUUUGUCCAAGACAUGCAAUGGAUCAUCUCACAAAGGAAUUUGCAAUGCCUGAAUUCCUCAACCAUUCAGAUGCAGAAAUUCAGCUGCUGUAGCAUUUUUGCUGCGUGGAGCUGAAAGGAGGGUCAAAAACUCCCAUGGCUAAGCCUCUGGCUGCCAUACCCCAGAUUCAAGGCCCAGGACUCUUUCCAGGAGAGGUGGGGACAGCUGGUCAUCCUGUGUUUUGUUAAGACUUGGAUUAAGAUUCCCCUGUUCCACAAAAGUUGGUUUUUCACAAUGACUAAAUGUAACUCCAAAAAAAGUUGAUGUGUUCAGUUUACCCCUCUCUUUUUAAUCCUUCAAAACAGAUAGAGUUUGUUCAAGACCUACCCAAGACAAUUUCUGGGAAAAUCCAGAGGAAGGAGCUGAGGCUGAAAGAGUGGGGGAAAGCCUAA